AUUAGACAUAGCUUCACUCGACCGUUGUAAAACAAACCGUUACUCAUACUUCUGUCUUUCUUUGACAUCCAUCAACAACACUUGCCAAACUCUGAAACCAAAAGUAGAACAGGUUUGGGUCCGUGUUUCUCCCUUUGUUAGAGAGAGAGAGAGAGAGAGAGAGAGAGAGAGAGAGAGAGUUCAGAUCCAAUCUUGUGUGGGUAAGUAACAGUGUACUGAUUGGAAAAGUUGUAAUUUGAGACCCACUUCGUUGGUGUGUUUUGUUUUGUGAAGAUGGUUGCAAGAACCCCACCAAAGCUAAGGAAAACUUUAGCUGCACUCAAUCCUAUUCUUAUUAGAGAAACACUUAACAAGGUGAAUCAAUGCAUGUCUCGGUUGGAAGAACUUCAGAACACUGUAACUGGUGGAACCAAGGUGGUUUCAGUGGUCAAUCUCAGUCCUCGCAGCACUAGAGGUUAUCUCAGAACUAGUCUCAGGUGUAAGCAAGAAUCACUCAGGAUCAAGAAUGGUGCCACGAGGAAAUCUCCUGUGGGAAAGUUUCCGCCUCCACCAAACACAGGUGAAUGGAGGAGAAUGUCAUUGCCUGCAAUGCUUGUAGGAGAAACAGUUGGAGAAAUUUUACAAGCUAGUCAAUUUACAAGAGAAAUUGUUUCAGCAGUUGGUGACAAAACUCCCUCCAAAGAGGACCCAAAAACUCCAAUGACUCAAAGGUCAAUCAAGAAAGUAAACCUUGAAAACACACAACUUAAGACUAGAAGGAAGAAAGAAAAACAAACCAAACUACAAAAUGAUGGUUCUCCCUCACUUCAAAGAGCUCGUUCUAGAAUCACUUUCAAAGUUUCUCCUCCAAAAGUUAAAGAAUUUGAUAGAGAAAAUAACAAGUUUUUGUCUUUGGCUAAUAGGGUAUCUCCAAGGAAUAGACCAUGGGCUAAAAAAACUGUACUUUUUCCUAACCCUUUGUUCAUGUCAACUCAAUCUUCUUCAUCACAGUCACAGCAGCAACAUCAGUUUUGCAAAACAAGGUCUCCUAUUAUUGCAAGAAAUAGAGGAACAACAUCAACAACACCACACAAGUUUUUGAUCAAAUCUCCACCUUCAAAUUCCAAAGUCAAGAAGAUCCUAAACACAACCGUGUCUAUCUCACCUACUAGACUUGCAAGUUUGAGCAAGAAUUCCCCAAAGAGAUCGACUGCGUCUAAAUUUCGUCGUUCUUUCUCUCCUUCAAGACUAGCUACCAGAUUAGUUUCACCAUUAAGGAGCAAGAGAACUGCACAGAAAUGUGAUGGAUUUGUAAGUGGAUUGAAACAGCGCCCAACAUCAACAGUUCCAUUCCCUUCUAGAAGAAUCUAAGAACAUAUAUAUAGACCUUGAUUGUAUUUCUGUCACUGUGAUGUGGCUUCUCAAUGUCCAUAAUUGUAUUCUUGUGAAAAAAUUUGUUCAGGACUUUUCCUUAUGUCCAUAGCAUUUUAUGCUCAAUUCCUUCAAA